AUGACGAAGCGGAAUCUCCGAUCGAAGCAGUCACCACCACUCGGAGACGAUGCUGAGAAACUCUAUCAGAAGAGGAUUCGAGAUCUGGAAUCGGUGAAUGAGACUCUCCAGCGCAAUGUGGAAGAGCUAAGGUCGAAAAUGGCUGAUGUUUCGAUUAGUUCUUCUGUUGGUACCUUACAGUCAAGCAGAGAGUUUUCUCAGAAGUCUAUUGCUACAAAACAAGAGGGUAUGAGCUCAAGGAGCAAGUCAAGUUUGCAAUCUAUGUGCUCAACAAAGAAGCUUAGACCUGAGAGUUCUCUAAAGCAGAUCGAUGGAGAAGUCCAGAAAUUAAAAGCGCAAAAGGUUAAGUUGCAGUGCAAGAUCAAGCUAGACUCUAUGCAGUUUAGACUUUCGAAAGCUUCACUAGAAAAAGAAGCCCUUCAGCUGAAAAAAGAGCUAAGGAAAAGCGAGUUCGAGAAACAUAUCCUGACAGCUCUCAACAGGCGCCAGAAGCUGAUUUUGCAGCUGAAGAAUACACAGGCUUUGACAGCCCUGAAGCGCCUUAAGUCUCUGCCGGAAUCUAAAAAGCCUUGUACGAACAAAAAUAAAGGCCCACCAAAAGCAACAGACUCCAAGAUUCAGGAUUCUAGCAAUGAACUUGGGCUACUAACGAAGUUGAAUAAGAUUCAUUCUAAUUACGAACGACAAAUGAAAGAAAUAGCUGAAGAGGUGAAAAGAUUCAGCUCAGAGGCGGAUGACUUGAAGACAGAAUUUGAAGGAGAGCAAAAUUCUUGGUCUGCGUCAUGUGACAACCAAAUCAACAACACUCCGUUGGACUCAGAACUAAAGGAACUUAAAGAGGAAUUUAUCAAACUGAGUACUAUGGUCAGCCAGAUGGAAAUGACCAAAUCUCAACUCACCGAAACGGAUAAAGCUCAGGACAAACCAGCUGAAAACUCGGUUUCCAGCAAGAUUACUAAAGAUGAAACGAACGUAGAGCCAUCUAAACCGGUAAAUUCUGAGGAAACGCUCUGCGAACCAGCUGAAAACUCUGUUUCAAGCAAGACCACCAACGAUCAAUCAAACUUGGAGACAUCUGAACCAACAAUUUCUGAAGAAACGCUCGUUAAACCAGCUGAAUCCUCUGUUUCCAGCAAGAAUUCCAAGGCAGAGUCAUCUCAACCGAAAGCUUCUGAAGAAACGGUCUGUAAAAAAGAGAAGAGCAAAGCUCAAGUGUGUUGCUCUUGCACUAAAAAAUCUCUGUGCAAGACCAAAAACUGCAAAUGCAGAGCUAACGGAAACGGAUGUGGGGACUCUUGUGGCUGCUUAGCUUCCAAAUGUAGCAACAGAGAAGAAAUUGUGAAACCUGAUAAAGCAACGGAACCAGUAGAUGGUAAGAAGCCUGCUGGAAUAAGCCAUGACGACAAAGAUGCAAAGAAGCAAGCGUUACGUGAUAUAGGGAAUAUGCGAGAAGCUGGAAAAGUUGGUACUGUGAAAAAGGUGCAGAAACGAGUUGCUAAGAAGUAA